AUGCCGGCGCUCCUGACGCUGGCGCUCCUGACGCCGACGCCGGCGCUCCCAACGCUGGCGCUCCUGAUGCCGGCGCUCCCGAUGCCGGCGCUCCCGACGCUCCUGACGCCAACACCGGCGCUCCCGACGCUGGCGCUCCCGAUGCCGGCGCUCCUGAUGCCGGCGCUCCUGCCGCCGACGCCAGCGCUCCCGAUGCCGACGCUCCUGACGCUGGCGCUCCCAACGCUGACGCCGGCGCUCCCGAUGCUGGCGCUCCCGAUGCUGGUGCUCCCGAUGCCGGCGCUCCUGAUGCUGGCGCUCCUGAUGCUGGCGCUCCCAACGCCGACGCCGGCGCUCCCGAUGCUGCUCCCAAUGCAGCUCCUAAGGGCGCCGCGGCUCCUCCAUUGCUGA